CUUUUUUUCAUUAUCCUAGCAUUCUUCGGUACUGGAAAUCUUGCCAGUAUCAACAGCUUUGACCCAAGUUUUGUAUACUGUUUUGUGACAGUGUUUUCGCCCUUUGUGAUGGGGGGCCUCUUACUCUUUAAGAUCAUCAUCCCAUUCCUCCUGGUCACAUGUUUCUUCCAUGCUAUUUGCACUAUAAUUAAGGUUCCAACCCGUGCCCUGUUCUAUGUGUUUCUCGUGAUGUCAGACUUCAUGGCACUGCACUUCUUCUUCCUCAUUCGGACAGAAGGUUCUUGGCUAGAAAUUGGGACAUCACUCAGCCAUUAUAUUAUCUCUAUGGCUACUACACUUUUCCUGAUUCUUCUUCUUUUUAUGGCUAAAUUCCUCACCAAUAUCUGCCUCAGAAAGCCAACAAAAGAAGGAGAGUUUGUUUUGCCACAAGUUAGUGUUGGCAGACCUCACAGGGAUUAAAGAGAUACUGACUUCCUGUUUAGUCAUGACAUACAUGAUUUAUAUUUUAGAUUGAUUAUGUAUUUAAACCAUAAGUAAAAGACAUUUUUAGAGGUUUUGAUUGAAUGAAAACUCUUGAGAGUUCAGUGUGGUCCUCUAAGCAAUAUACAAAUAAAUGAAAAAGUUUAACCCUUUCCCAUUUUCUUAUUUAUGGCAACUCUGUGUUGUGAAUAACUGCUGAUAGUUUUUAUGUUUGAAUGAAGACUGACUUAGUCCAUUGAUAAAGUGAACCAAACAUUCUUGAGAUAUUAAAUAUUUUUGGCAAAACAUUUGCCAAAAACAGAAAAGAAAAAGAAGUUGCAAAACUUUUUUGUAUUCUAACAAAUUAUCUGAAGUGAAAUUACUCUAGAAAGGAAUUGUGUUAUGUAUAUACUGUUUCUAUAUUUUAUUCUUCUCCAAUGGAUGAAGUAAUAUGUAUGAUUUGUAUGUAAAUCAUGUAGAUUUUUUAUAUAAUGUAUUAUAUUUAUGAUAUAGUUGAAACAUUAUUAACUCAAGAAGAAGCACAAGCAUUAAAGACACUCUCUAGUAGGGAUAUAUAUUUGCAGUUAUUUGUAAAAUUGAUUUUUUGAUAAUAGGCUAAAAUACUUGUGGUAAGAAAGAAGAGAAAAAAAAAGCCAUAUCAGCCACUCCAACUUAAUUAUCUAGCAAGUUUUGGCCCAAAUAUUGGUCACCAAUGUUAAAAUGAUAAACUUCAUAGAUGUUUA